CAUGUUUAUACUUACACAUUUUUAUUUUUAUUCCAGGCAAAAUCCGCUGAAUCAAAGAAGGCCAAAAAAGAAAAGGCCGCUGAUGCUGAUUCAGAUGAUGAAGAGGUUUUAGAAGAGAUCACCGAGGGUGAUAGUGAAAUUGAAAGUGACGAAUAUGAUAUCCCCUACGAUGGUGAGGAGGAAGACCUCGAAUGCGACGAUGACGACGACGAGAACGACGACGGCUCCGGCUCAGAUGAUCAGGCGUAAUAAUAAUAUAGUAGUCAAAACCAUUUAAAUUAAAUAUAAAAAAAAUAUAAAAAAUGCAAGAAAACUUAAAAAACUGCAAAACAAAAAAAUGUAAUAACACAAACAAAGAAACAAAAAUGAUGAAGAAAGAAGUAUAUAAUUAUUAUGUUAAGAAAUACUUUUUAAUUUCUUAUUUUAUUUUAAUUGUAUUAUGUGUAAUUUUUUUUAUAAAAAAAUAAGAGAAUGAUGAUGAUGAGAACAACAAAAGGCGAAAAAAACCCACAAACUGCAUAAUUUUUUCCUUUACACUUAAGUCUUACGUAUAUUAUCAUUUUAAUAUAUAAUUAUAUAUAUAUAUACAUACAUAUAUAUAAACAACUUAAGCGUAAUGAUGAAAAGAUGAGUUAAACAAAAAAUAUUAAAUAAUAAUAAUAACAAUGAGAUGAAAAUGAUGAACACAAAUUACAACAAUAGCAAUUAGAAACGUUACAAUUGAGUAAAAAAUACAAAAAACAUGAAAAGUAUUUAAAUAAAAGAAAAUUAUGUGAAAAAAAUUUAA